AUGCUUGACCUUGUCAACCGCUCCUGUCUGAUCACCGGCGGCUCCAAAGGCAUAGGCCUUGCUAUCGCCGCCCGAUUCGCACGGGCAGGGGCAACAUGUACUCUGAUCGCGCGGCAUGAAAGGCCAUUGCGGGAUGCUAUCUCAGUUCUGGCCGAGAGUGGACAGCAAGAUCACCGGUUUCUGGUCGGUGACGUCGGCGAUAAGGGACUGUGGGAGCAGGCUAUCAAAAUGAAUCCAGGAAUCGAUAUUCUGGUCAAUUCUGCUGGCCAAUCCCAGACUUCACUUUUGCUUCGGACGCCUAUCCAGGAAAUCGACGAUGUCAUCCGUGCGAACCUCUUGGGUACGAUUUACGGCACGAAAUUCUAUCUGAAAGAAAUGACACGCGCUCGGCGAGGAUGUAUAAUCAACAUCUCGUCAGUUCUUGCUACCACAGGCGGAGCGGGUUCUUCUGUCUAUGCGGCCAGUAAAUCUGGUCUUCAUGGCUUCGUCAAAUCCAUAGCAAAAGAGGCCUCGCGCUUCAAUGUCCGUAUCAACAACAUACUACCAGGAUACAUUGAAACUGAGAUGACCGCCGUGAUUCGUUCGUCUACAAAGGCCGAAACGCUUCCAAACCCCCCCUUAGGGAGGUUCGGAACAGCUGCCGAAAUUGCAGAUGCAGCUUAUUAUCUUGCGACAAACGACUAUGUAACUGGAACAGAUCUAAUAGUCGAUGGUGGAUAUGCAAUUCGAUGA